AUGCUUUCUAGGCACCUUUUCUCAAAAUCUGGCUAUCAGAUGUUGCAAGUAAUGCGGUUUGCUGUUGAGGAGAUUAAUAACUCCACCACCCUGCUGCCCAAUGUUUCACUGGGCUAUGAAAUUUUUGACCAUUGUUCUGACGCAACGAGUUUCCCACCAAUCUUCAGUUUCAUCUCACAGAAUGGAUCUGUAAAACCUAAGGAAAAACUCCGCAGCCAUCAGCCUAAAGUGAUAGCUUUAACAGGACCAUAUGGAAACACAAGAACUAUUACUGUCGCACCAUUGGUCACAAUGGACCUUAUACCACUGGUUAAUUAUGGAGCUACCACCUAUAAGUUAAGUGAUAAACUUCAGUAUCCCUCUUUUGUAAGAACAAUCCCUAACAACAAAGACUUCAUACAGAUUAUUAUACGCAUCAUACAGUGGUUUGGAUGGAACUGGGUUGCGUUCCUUGGAGGCCUAGACAGUUACAGCGAAGAGAGCCUACAACUGUUUAAAAAGUAUAUCAGAAAUACCGGCAUUUGUGUGGCCUAUCAAGAGGUUCUCGGUAAAAAUGUUAACUACAGUCUAACUCUUAAAGAGAUUGAUAAGCUCAAUGUCAAUGUCAUUGUGGUUUUCACUGGGCCACAGUAUGCAAAAACCAUAAUCAAAGCAGCCAUGGCCAACAACAUCCGAGACAAAGUUUGGAUUGCAGGUGAGGCGUGGUCAAUGAAUCAGCAGCUUUUAAGAGAGCCGGGAAUCGAGACAAUUGGUACAAUAAUUGGCAUCAGAGAAAGAUUAUUUACAUUGCCUGGAUUUAACGAAUUUGUCUUUAAAGCCAAAGGAACAAUUAAGGCUAAUACUAGCAGUGAAAGCAAAAUGCAGACUAAGACAUGUAAUCAAGCUUGUGACAACUGCACAUUUUUGACCGCAAAGGAAAUUAUAAAUGAAAAUUCCACAUUGUCUUUUGCCAUCUACGCUGCUGUAUAUAGCAUAGCUCAUGCAUUACACAAAGUUCUGCAGUGCAGAAUGAAUGAAUGCCACAAAAAUGCAACAGUCAACCCGUACAUGCUUCUAAGAGAAAUUAAAAAGCUGGAUUUUCCCCUCAAUGGACAUCAUGUAAAAUAUGACGCUAAUGGUGAUCCAGCUGUCAGUUAUGCAGUCGUGCUUUGGCACACUGAAACAAAUCCUCAAUGGACUGAGAUAGUGGGCACUUAUGACACAUAUCCAGAAAUUACUUUUACCAUCAACAACUCUCUCUUACUCUGGCAUAACAAUGCUUCUGUGCCUUUCUCAAACUGCUCUGCUGAGUGUAAGGAGGGGUUUUCAAGAGAACAUGCCGGAUAUCACGAUUGCUGCUUUCUGUGUAAAAAAUGUCCAAAAAACAGCUAUGUGAAUUAUUCACGUAAGUACCUCAAGCAGUGA